CCUGAUAUCUGUCUAUUCACUGCCUGCUGCAGCACUUGAGCUCCCAAACAUGUCUGCAAUCAUUUGUUUUUUACAGCUCAUAUUGGCUGUUCUAGUGCUGCCUCUCCAUAUUCUUCAAUACCUUGGAAUCUGGGAUUUGGUAGUGAAGAAACUCUUUCCCUUGUUUAUAUCCAAAUUCACUGUAUCAUACAACAAGGCGAUGGAAGAACAGAAAAAGAGUUUAUUUAGCAACCUAUCUGAUUUUGCAGGCUCCUCUAAAGAGCUCCGGCUUCUAGAUGUUGGUUGUGGCUCAGGUGCCAACUUUAAAUUCUACCCCAACGGAUGCAGGGUAACCUGUCUGGAUCUCAACCCAAACUUCCAAACAUUCCUAAGCAAAAGCCAAGCAGAGAAUGACCACCUAAAAUAUGAUGAAUUUCUAGUUGCAUCAGCGGACAACAUGACGCCAGUGGCUGAUGCCUCUAUGGAUGUGGUUGUAUGUACCCUGCUGGCUUGUUCUGUGCCAAGCACACCAGCAGUACUGAAGGAGGUGCAGAGGGUCCUCAGGCCGGGUGGAGCUUUCUACUUCAUUGAACAUGUGGCCUCAACAGACGAGUCCAGCUGGACAAGUUUUUUCCAGAAGGUCCUGAAUCCAACCUGGAAGCUGAUUUUUGAUGGUUGCAGCAUACGAAAGAUUACAUGGAAGGACCUUGAAGAUGCCAAAUUCUCAGAGCUCAACCUGCGCCAUAUAUAUGCUCCUACAGCUAUGAAACUUAUUAACCCUCAUAUUAUUGGAUAUGCUGUCAAAUAAAUUCAUAUAAUGGGCAUUUUUAAAAGA